AUGCGCAUUCCCCCAUUACAACCCCGCAUCCGCAUCCACAUCCAAAUCAAUAACGUCACUCGUACAACAACCCGUGAAUAUUCAUCCCUCAAACCACGGCGACAGAGUAAACUCGGUCCUACUGUAUCACUAGAACACUUUCUUCAACGAUCAAAAGCUCUCUCACUCUAUAGACGUAUCCUGCGCGAUUGUCGACGGAUUCCGGAUGUGAAAUCGAGGGAUGAGACGAGGAGGUUUGUGAGGGAUGAUUUUGAGAGGAAUAGGAAUGUUACGGAUUUGUCGCAAAUCAAGUAUUUGAUUGGGACGGGUAAAACGCAGUGGGAGGGGAUGGAGAGGUAUAUUACCGGGAUAUGA